AGCACCUCAAAUCCCAUCGCCAAAAAAAGCACCCAACGUGGCCACGACGCCAAGUCUGCUUCGCUCGUCCUCCGUCGCGAGAGCUCGUCCACUGUCCUUCAUUUAUCCCGCAACACGCUCCUUUUCUCCGUAGACCAGCUCAAACGUAACACGACCAAAAAUCUUCCAGUUGCGACAAUGCUCGACAAACUCGUCGGUCUCGCCAUGCUCGUGGCCGCGUCCGUCGUCUUCCUCUACUAUAGCGUGUGGACCCUGAUCAUGCCCUUUGUCGACUCGGACCACCCGCUCCAGAACGUCUUCCCUCCGCGUGUCUGGGCCAUCCGCAUACCCGUCAUCCUGAUCCUCCUGGGCUCCGCCGUCGUCGGCUCGUUCCUCAGCGUCGUCAUGAUCCGCAGCAACAGGAAAAAGGCCGCCAAGGCCAAGGCUGCGGCGAUAAAGAAGAAGGCUUGAGCGGUGGGAGCUACGUGCAGCCUCCUACUCCGGCGAUAUCUCGGAUGGGCGAAAACCUAUGGAGAUUACCAACAUACAUCUCGAUUGUAUCAUGGCUGGGGUUAGAGGAGGGUGCACAUAAAUCAGCGAGCCUUUCGCUCCAGUGCAUCUGUCACGAACACUUCGCGUUCAGAAAUCGCUUUGUAGGAUAACCCAAGGUUGUGGUAUCAUUGAUCGGUACCUCGUUUGACAUCAGACACGCAUCCUGUGGACCAUUGAAAGACUCUGGAGAAUGGAGUUUACUUAGACCAUCUCCUUGCCGGUUUGACACGGGUGUUGAGACCUGUAUCUUGCAGUAGGCAUAUUAUUUGGCCUGUUCUUGCGCUGGCUGCUAGCUACCUACUGACCGAGUACCCCCAACCCUCUACCUAUGGGACUGCGACAGUCGCUCUUGCAGCAAGCUCAGACACUUUCCCAGUCUCCAGCUACUGCGCAAAGGGCUGAAGGCGAAUGCAAGAAGCGAACGUGGCGGAGAGCACGUCUCCAACUAAAUGUAACACGCAAAAAGCAUGGAGUACCCCCAAACAUGUAUCCUCGCAACUUGCUCUGACAAUCAAUUCAACUUGAGACCGUCCGGUUAUCCUCAUGCUUUGGUGGCGUGGCAGAAGAAAAAGAGCAAAGGAAGGAAUGAAGGAAUGAAGGAAACCCAGAGUGGGGAGGAGGGAAGGCCGUCGAGACAGGCCUGACAUGUGCAGUGUCGCCACAUCAGAGUCUAAACUCUCUGAUCAGCAAAAUCAAGCACCUCACAGUCAUCUUCGAAGAAACCGUCGUCAUCAUCAUCAGCCGCCCGGUUACCACCUCCUCUCCGGCGCCGAG